AUGAAUUCCUCCCUAAUUAUGAAAGAAGAAGUACAAAUAUACUAAAAGCAUAAUUUUUUCUUCUAUUUUAUUCGAACUGAACAUAAAAAACUACAUGAAAAGUCUAUUUAGAUAUAGCCAUUAUCAUUCUCAUUUAAUAAUAAUAAUCAAGAUUUCUUAUCCAUUUAUGAAAUUACAAGUAAAUAAAUAGAUUAAUAUAUUUCAAUUAAUGAUGUUCAAAUAAAUUAUUCAUAAGAUGGUUUAUCAAAUGCUAUUGUAUGUGCAUAUAUAAUCAUAAAAGGAUUUGAUUUAGAAAGUGCUUUUUAAGUAUUAUUCUUAAAUGAUAAGUAUAGGUGAUGGAUUUCCUAUAAAUUGACAGACCUACUGUUUAUUAUUUGAGUAGCUUAAAAAGAUUAGAUAAUCAAAUAAACUCUGUAUAAAAUUUAAAUAGAAGUUCUAUAAUUCUAAAAACAGAUCUGGAUUUAGAUUAAACUAUAUAAAAUUCAUUGCUUUAAUCUGAAAUUCUCAACUUUCCAAUAUUUAGUCAAAGAUUAAUAGAAACAUAAAGGUAUUAACGUAAAUAAAUAAUUAUUAGAAAUUCAUAAAUUCUACCUUCUGAAUAUUAAGCAACAUCUGAAAUCUUCAAUCAAUAAUAAAUCAGCUUUAUAUCAUUUGGAUAGUAGGAUUUACAAAAUAUAAAUGAAGAGCCUUAAAUAAAUAAAAUUUAAUCUUCAAUAUUUGUGAACAAAAAAUAAUGA